AAGAUAUAUCUCCGAUUCUAAAUAUCUUCCUCCUCUUCUCUUUCAAUAUCCUUCGAUAUCCAAACCACAAACGCUAUAAUCUCUCAUUAUACACACAUUUGUAUACAACUUUUUAUAUCAAUCUAUCUAUCUAUCUAUCUAUCUAUCUAUCAGUAUAUCCCAACUAUGGAAAUCUUUCUAUUUCUCUCAUUAAUUUUCUGUCUGCUCUUUUUCUCUCUAUACCACAUACGCCGCAGGCAGCUCCGGCCCCUGACCACCAACAUUGUCCCUAUAAACUCCAACGAUUCGAACCCUACUGAUUGCUUCUUACUGGAAAAGAAAGAGAGUGAAGCUUCGGGGGCCGGAGAUCAUGUGAAGAAAAAGAAGAAGAAAAGAACGAAAAAGAAAGAUGAGACUUUGAAAAAUGAAGAUGGAAAAAGAAAUGAGAAAGAAGAAAAGGAAAAGGAGUUGGUGUGUUUAUUAUAUCCAUUCACGUCAACUUCAAGUGCAACACAAAGGAAGAUUAAACAACAAUAUGAUCAACUUGUUAAGUCUCAUGAUUCUGCUAAUGGAUUGACUCUUCUUCAGGUUGGACAAUUUGUGAAGUGCUUGAUUGAAGCAAGAGAUGAGUUAAAGCACAAGUCUGAGGUUAUCCGUAGGAAGUUUACCAUUACAAAGGCUCUAUUAUUUAAGGCAGGCAGGUCUUCAUUUGACCGAUAUCAUCAACAGAUAUACAAGCUAGAGUUAGAACAGAAGAGGAUAGAAGAGGACGCAUCUGUAUAUAAUUGGCUUCAGCAACAACUUAAGCUCUCACCAGCUUACAAGAAGAUGCUUGAAAUUGGUUCUUAUAUGGACUCUAAGCCAAAAUUUGAUGAAGCAACAGAGGAUACUGAUAUUGACAUAUCUGAUAUUUCUUUCGAGGAGCUAUUAGCUCAGGAGAAAAAAGACUCUUUCUGGCAAAAGAAAGGGAAGCCCAGAUCAAGGCCAGAUUGAUGGCCUCUUUUGGCAGACUUGUUACCAUCCAAAGCAUGCACCCGUGUAGGAAAUCUGAUGGCUGGCUUAACGUGAUUGUUUAAGUUAACCUAUAGAUUACAAGGCUUUAUUUAUGUACCUUAACAUGAUUAUUUAAGUUGACCGGAUAUAUUUUUGUUUUCGGUAGCAGGAACCUUGGUUAAAGCUAGAAUCAUAGAAUACAAUGAGUUGCAA